GUAGCCCAUCCUUAUCAGACCCUUACCCGUUUCAUUUUCUUCUUUCUUCAUCGAGAGAGAGUCUGAGAUCCGAGAUGCGAGAGAGCCUUUGAUUAUAGAUGCAAGAGAAGAUAUGUGAUCUAAGAUGCGAGAGAGAGAGAGUCUAUGAUAUGAGAUGCGAGAGAGUGUGACAAAGCUUGCCCUCUUUAUUGAGCACAACCUCAAGCUAAGCCCGAGGAAACGACGGAUCUAGAAGAUGUAAUGUCGCAAGAAGAACAGAGUCGCUGGGUUGAAUUUUUUUAGCUACGAAGUCGAAACUGAAUAGAGUACCAUGGAUUCAAGGGUAAAUCUCUCAAUCUAGGUCAAAUAAUCCAUUUUACAACCUUUUCUUGUUGAAUUUAUGAAUUGGAUCGUGUAAUUUCUGACAAUUUGUUUGAAUUGAUUUAUAUGCUCCUGUAACAAUUGAAUUUAUAGUUUGAUUUUUAUAUAUUUGUUUAAUUGAUUUAUAUGUUCCUGUAACAAUUGAAUUUAUGAAUUGGGCUGUUAAGGAUUUUAAAUGUUGCUGUUUCGAAUCUAAUAUGUGUUGUGUGUGUUUGUUGUGUUGUUAUUGAAUUGAAGCACUUUUAUUUCUUUAUUUGAGGUCAAUGAAAAUAUGAGAUCAGAUUUUAUUGUGUGGCAUGCUUGUUUAGAUUCUCUUUAGUGUGUUUUGUGCUAUAGGUUUUUCUUUGACUAGUUUACUUUAUUAUUUAUGUUUGUGCUAGGAUAUUUUAUACGAAUUAAUUUCUAUUAUUCUACAUUCUUCUCUUUGAUGUAAAUGCCUUUUUAGAUUCCAUGUAUUAUUUGGUGUUGUAGUGCUUGUUGCUGUAAUAAAAUUUGGUUGCUCCACCUUAGAGGAAAUUAUGGAAAUAUUGUGUGUGGUUUGGAGGGUGUAUUUUGGCCUAUCUUAGUACAUUCAAGCAGGUGUGGAUAACAACGGUGGAGUAUGAUGAAUCUGCCUUCAAUCGUUCACAAAAUUCUUCUAAACAACACGGUUUGCUCUUUUCCCUGUCUCUUUACAUGCCAAGAGUAUUUGAUCAUAAUUUUCUUCAUAUAUACAUGUAUGAGAGUUGAAUGUUAUUCCUUUUAAAUAAAAGUUUUGAUAUGUUGUGUGGAAAACAAAAAAAAUCAUGAAGGGAGGUUUACGGAUACAGAGGACAUGGUAAGAUAGUAUCUUGCUCUUGAUUUAGGCAAGUUUUGCUACACUGCUCAACUCUACAACCACGAGGUAGUACAUCAUUUUUGAGUGUGAUUGCUAUGGGUCACUAAAAUUGAAUAUGGUUGAGCGUCUUAUUUAAUUGAUUGCUAGAGUAAAUUGCCAAUACCUUUCAUGCGAACAAGGGGAAAUUCUCAUCUAUUGUCAUGUUUUCCAGGUUUGACGUAUACAUGAAUAUUAUCUGGAUCCACUAUUGUAACUAUGGACCAAAAAUGAGGGGUAUUAUUCGGCAUCUAGAUAUGGUAAAAAAAUAUGUAUAACUUUUAUCCAUGUUUCAGAUAGCAUUUCUACUUAUUUACAAAUCAGAAUUGAACAUUUUAAAAGUGUUGUCCAUGGAGAAUAAUUAUUUCAAUCCCUCCCUUACUCUACACUUUUUUCAUUUUGACGAGGACAUAAGGAUACAUGAUACAUGAAGAGAUGGGAGAAGUUGGAACAAGUGUUGAUCUGGGAGAAGCUGCUGCAUGGAUUGCCCUCAAGUGCUUAUCUGUUAUCUUUUUAGCCUAGUUGACCUGUGUAUAUUCAGAAUUAUCUUUUUCUAAGACAUAAUUCUUAUAAACUUUUGUAGUUUUUUUCUUGAGGGGCUUUGGUUUGGUCCUCCCUUCUUGUACCUUAAUUUCUUCUUUUAGUUAAUAAUAUUUUUCCAAAUAUAGAAUUGAUAAUAUCAGUGUCAUUUUAUUGAUUUAUGAACUGUUUUUUAUAGCUCUUUGGACACACAAAGAAUGUCCUUAAAUCAUGUUAAAAUACCAAUGGACAUAUUAAUGAUUUUGGACCGAAAGAAUAUUUGUAGUACUCCAAUUCCUCCAAACGGCUCCUUAAUAUCCAGCACAAUAUAGAAAAUCGAGGGAGAGAACUCAGAGAAGGCCCAAAUGGCUUCUCCUUCUUCAGACCAGUCUAAUUGAAGAUAUUUUUUUUUCAGACAAGAAAAUAGAUCGGCAAGAAGUCCAUCGCCGUCCACAUCAAGAAACAACUUCCGAGCUCUAAGAACAAGAACGCCACCGGAAUUGCUCCUCCAUCUCCAGAAUGUUUCUCCCCUGUUCCACCGCCAUUAUCAUGUUCACUAUCUUGUCUCCGCUGGCCAGUGCCGCCUUCAACCUCACCCUUCCUCACCAACACCCCUUCCCUGAAGAUGUAGUUCAAGAUGUUCAAAGAAAAGUGAACGAAUCAGUGCACAGAAGAAGAGUGCUGCUGUCGACGGGGGAAAAGGACCAAUGCCUCACCGGAAACCCAAUCGACGACUGCUGGCGGUGCGACGAGAACUGGGCCGACAACCGGCAGCGGCUGGCGGACUGCGGGAUAGGGUUCGGGCAAGGGGCGAUGGGCGGGAAAGGGGGCAAGAUCUACGUGGUCACGGACUCGUCGGACGAAGACACGGUGGAGCCUCGGGCGGGGACGCUCCGGCACGCGGUGAUCCAGGCGGAGCCGCUGUGGAUCGUGUUCGGGGGGGACAUGACCAUCAGGCUGAAGCACGAGCUGAUCUUCAACAGCUACAAGACGGUGGACGGGCGGGGCGCGGAGGUGAGAAUCACCGGCGGCGGGUGCAUCACGCUGCAGUACGUGAGCAACGUGAUCAUCCACGGGGUGCACGUGUACGGGUGCGUGCCGACGGGGAACACGGAGAUACGCCCGACGCACGUCGGGUGGAGGAGCAGAUCGGACGGCGACGGGAUAUCGAUAUUCGGGUCGAGGAACAUCUGGAUCGACCACUGCGCGCUGUCGCACUGUACAGACGGGCUGGUGGACGCCAUCAUGGGGUCCACCGCCAUCACCAUCUCCAACAACUACUUCUCCCACCACGAUGAGGUCAUGCUCUUGGGCCACGACGACCGCUACUCCCCCGACUCCGGUAUGCAGGUGACGAUUGCGUUCAAUUACUUCGGGGAAGGGCUAGUGCAAAGGAUGCCGAGGUGCAGGAGAGGGUACAUCCACGUGGUCAACAACGACUUCACGGAGUGGCAGAUGUACGCCAUCGGCGGCAGCGGCGGCCCCACCAUCAACAGCCAGGCCAACCGCUACACCGCCCCGGCCGACCCCAGCGCCAAGGAGGUCACGAAGCGCGUGGACACGGACGAGGGGGACUGGAGCGACUGGAACUGGCGGACCGACGGGGACGUGCUCGUCAACGGGGCCUUCUUCGUCCCCUCCGGCGACGGCCAGCGCCUCCCCGCCCAGUACGCUAAGGCGUCCAGCUUGGAGCCUAAAUCCGCCGAGCUCAUUGACCGCCUCACCAUGAACGCCGGUUGCUUCGGAGGAUCCAGGUACGCCCGCCAUAUGUAUUGAUUUACACUUUCCUUUGGAUUUUCCCCAAAAAAAAAUACACUUAUUUUGUUCUUUAAGACUACGUUUGGUACACGGAAUUCAAAUUAUGGAAUUUGAAUUGAACACUUCAAUUCCAAUUCUGGUGUUUGAUAGCACAAAAAUUAUGUGGAUUUGGAAUUGAUAGUGCAAAAAAUGAAUUGGAAUUGACAGA